CGCUCUCGGUUUUAAUUUCCUGCGAUUUUGUUUUAAACGCUAUUCAUCCCCUUCUAGCGUUGGGCCUUUAUUCUAAUAGUUGGUAUCGGAGCCAUACUCUCUGAAAGACUUAACCGUUUGAGAGAAACGAUCAAUGGCUUCUACUCAAAACUUAUACGCAGGAUUAGGAGAAGGGCAAUCUACCACGAGGCCUCCAUUAUUUGAUGGAACAAAUUACACAUAUUGGAAGGAGCGGAUGAGAAUUUUCAUCCAAUCCAACAACUUUCUCCUAUGGAGAAUUAUCAAGAAUGGGGAAGAAGUGCCCAUGAAGAAAGUUGGGGAAACCACCGUUCCCAAAACCGAAGACGAAUACGAUGCGCAGGAUAUCAAGAAAAUAGAGAACAACGCCAAGGCUAUCAACAUUCUUUACUGUGCAGUAAAUCCGAACGACUACCGGAAAAUUUCAUGUUCUUCGACCGCUAAAGAUAUGUGGAACAAGCUCGAAAUCACAUAUGAAGGUAUGAAUCAAGUCCGAGAAGGUAAGAUAGAUUUUCUAACCCAUGAAUAUGAAUGGUUUCGUAUGAAGGAGAAUGAGAAAAUCGAUGAGAUGUUUGAACGAUUCUCCAAAAUCGUUAAUGAUCUCCAUGCUCUCGAGAAGACGUACACGGACAAGGAGCUUGUGAGAAAAAUCCUGCGAAGUCUCACACCGGAGUGGCGAUCCAAAGCCGAUGCCAUUCAAGAAUCUAUCGGCAUCACCAACGUCACCAUUGACGGACUUAGAGGUAAUCUCAAAACCUAUGAGUCUACCAUUCUUUAUCCCUCUCUAGGUGAACAAAAGAAGAAUGGGAUUGCCCUCAAGGCAUCUACAAGCCAAGAACGUGCUAUGGAGGACUUGAGUGACGAAGACGAGUUCGGGAUCGUGCUCAAGAAGUUCCAUAAGUUCAUGAGCCAAGAGUAUGAACGGAAAGGAAAGAAGCAAAGAGGUCCACCCAAAUGCUAUGGGUGUGGAGAAGUUGGGCAUAUAAAGCCAAAAUGUCCAAACGCCAAGAACAAGAAGAAAAUGUUCAAGAAACACCGAGCCUACAUCUCAUGGAGAGGUGAUUCCGGCGAUGAGUCAUCGGAAGACGAAGAAAAUGAAAGCGCCAACCUUUGCUCCAUGGCACACGAGGAACCACCGGAAGAGGACACCCCUAACUCCACCCCGCUCAAAAGCACACCUACAAAAGAGGAAGCUCACCAUGAAAUGUCAAGAAUGACAACAAGAAGAUCAAGACCACCCAUAAUUGAAGGCUUCAUUGUCGACUGUGUGGGAAAACCAAAACUAGAAUGCGAGGGAUACAACGGGCCAUUUCUCUUCCUAGGCCCUUCAGGAUCACCGAGGGAAGAUGGAAAAAGGCCACGAACAGCAAUACCUACCAAAAUCUCGCCUCAUACCAUGGCCUUCAACGAACGCUCCAUCAUCACCUCAACCAUGAAGACUAUACAAGAGUGGAUUUGGACUCACAAAGACAAAAAAUGGAUGAUCCUUGAUGACAAUCUCAAAUCUUUGGGUCUUCGUUCCAACCUACGCAAGCCUUCUACCUUGUUUAUGUUUAGUGGCGCCACUAAUAAAGCCCCUAUAAAACGCAGCAGCGAGCAGAAACAAGCUGAGUUUGCUGUGGAAGAGCACACUGCUGAACCUUGCACACCUGCAGCUCCAUCGACUUCCGUAGUUCUUAGGAAAAGUCCAUGUCUUUUAUGUUUAGAACAAUCACCCACUGCCCUUGUCCCCAAUGCAAUCUUUAAUAGGCCAAAACGAGAUGUUGCGACUAUUUUAGAAAGUAUAGUUGAUGACAAAGAUUAUAAGACUCGUAUGUCUCUGAACGGCCUUUUUAACCUCUUGCAGAGGUUAAAUAGUGAGCAAAAAAAAGCUGUUGAAGAGUUGGGUUUUCAUUCCCUUUCUGGUCUUCAAGCGUCAGUUCUACUGGUAAAGCUCUCAAAAUGGCUUGUUCAAAACUUUGACCUAGACAGCUGUUCACUUAAUCUUUUAAAUGAGCGGGUUAGAAUCACAGAAAAGGAUGUCCAUCUAACCCUUGGCCUCCCGACCGGGCCAUUUGAUGUGCUAGAAGCUCAAAACAAGCCAACAGACCUUGAGGAUUAUAAGACUUUGGUCCUUAAGUGGAGAGAUGAGUGGGGUUUACAGAGGGAUUUUCCACGUACCAAUGCUAUGCCCGAUAGAAUUUUAGGAAUGGCGGGGUCAAGUGAAGGAUUUAAGCUCAAUUUUAUGGUGUUCUUCAUCUCUACCUGCAUAUCCGGAAACACAAAUACAUUUGCAAAUUCAAGAGUUUUGCACUCCUUAGUCGAUUUGAGUAACGUGAAUAAAUUAAACUGGUGCAAGUAUACCUUGACCAGUUUAAUUAAUUCUACCAUUCAAUGGAAGCGAAAGUCAAAUCCUUAUUUUACUGGGCCUGUUUUGUUCUUAAUGAUGUUUUAUGUUGAUAGGGUUGUCUUCCAAAUGAGAGUAGUGCCUAGAACUUUUCCAACUAUGCUAGGUUGGACUUCGCAGAAGCUUAAGGAAAGAGAAGGAUUGGAGCGGGAAUCUGGUGGUUUUGGCUGUGGUAGCGUGGACCCACAAAUCAAUAAAGAGUUGUUUUCAAAUGAAAACCCGUCUCUUGAAGAUCCUCCUAAGAAAACAUCACAAUCACAGAACGACGUUUUAGAGGAGGCACGGACUGCUGCAAAAGAGUUGGUGCAAAAAACAUCAAAGUGGGACACCGUCUGUAGAGGCUUGAAUCGUGAGUUCCCAAAUUCAAAUGCCGUCAAGAGAAUGCAACAAACUACUGCAGAAGUGAUUGUUGCUGUUGGUAAAAGUCCAAGAAUAUCAGGUACUCCGAUUUCGGAAACAAAUCCGAAACUGCAAUUCAAAGUAGUCCACGAGAGCCCUUCUUUCUUGGCUGAAAUAUCUCGACUUGAAAUGGAAUUUUUCACGGUGAAGCGCAACCUUGAGACCAACAGUCAAGACUUGUCCAUGCCAUCAUUUAGCUUAGGGCUUACACUAGAGGAAAAGGAAAAUCAAAAUGAGGAUAUUCAAUAUGAAGAGGUUCAGCAUGAGGAGAUUCAAACAAAGAAUGGAGAUGGCACAGCCCAAACAUGCAAUCUCACUGCAUUGGCAGAUGAUGUACAGAGUCACCCCGAAAUUGAGCCUAUCCCAGCUUUUCCAGAGAGUGCAGUUCAAGGGAAACAAGAAGAAACUGUUCUUUUUCAGCCAACCCCACCAUAUACUCACUUUACAAGGCAAGAAAUUGCAUCCUGUCUUAGCCCUGGUGAAAGUCCUGUAUUCAUUAAUAGACGACUUCAGCCCCAAAGGAAGAAAGAAUUUGCACGCGCCUUAUGUUCUCCUUUUUGGAUAAGAAACAUGGAAGCACUCUCACGGUUGAGCCGUGCCGAGAAGCGAAGCAAUUUAAUAUGCUUUUCCGAAGGGUCUAUCUCGUCGCUUAUUUUACAAAUUUGGUGUCGAUUCUUGAAUGCCGAGGAAAAGCAUCGAAGCAAGUCAGAUGUCUAUCGAGUUUUCCUUAGCACGAAUCCUUUUGCUGAGUUUGUAAAGAUCAGUUUAUAUGACGAUGCUCAUGAAACCUUUUGUGAAGUCGCUGACAGAGAAUUGGUAGAACAACAGUUUUAUAGCGGCAUUGAUAUGUGUACUGCAGAUUUGACAAGGAUGAUGUUUAUAUAUCUCACUGACUUGCAGAAAAAGGGAAUGUGUGAGUUUUUCAAUGAAAAACAACUUGAGCAAAGAGCAAGUAAAAUUUCCAACUUUCCUUUUGAAAUAACAAAGAAGGCAUGUUAUGGGAACAUGGAAGGUAUGGGUGUUGGUGUCAUAGCCAUGAGGCAAUUGGAAACUUUCAAGGGGAAUUUGAAUACGUGGAAGAUGGAUUUGAACAAAAAUGAUAAUGGAGAUAGCUUGCCAAUGAAGAAGAUAGGCGAUAUACUCAUCCUGAAGGACGAGGAUGAAUAUGAUGAAGUCGAUCUUAAGAAGGCUCAAUUAAAUGCCACCGCCAUCAACUUCUUGUAUUGUGUUGUCAACGCCAACGAUUAUCAAAAGAUAUCUCGUUGCCAAACCGCCAAUCAAAUGUGGAACAAGCUCAUGAUCGCAUACGAAGGUACGCCUCAAGUUCGUGAAUCAAAAAUUGAUUUACUAACCCAUGAAUAUGAGUUAUUUGCAAUGAAAGAGAACGAACUUGUGGAGGACAUGUUUGGAAGAUUUUCAAACAUCGUCAACGACCUUGAUAUGCUUGGAAAGACACUCACCGACAAAGAGUUAGUGAGAAAAAUUCUGCGAAGUCUUACCAAGGAAUAGGAGUCGAAGAUUAUUAAUAUAUAAUUUCUAUAAUUUUUUAAUAUACAAAUUACAAGAUAAAAUGGAUUAAAGAAGUGUAUUGGAUGGUGUGUAAAAAUGAAAGUGGACAAAUACU